AUGUCUCGGAAAUCGAGUAAGCGAGUCACCUUCACCCCGGACGCGACCGAGAAGCCGACGGCGGUGUUCCUCAAACAGGCAAGCUUGGGCUCAUGCAGAUUAGUCUCCGUCAACAGGAAGAGGCCGUUCGCCGUGGGGAUCUUCAGCUUCAGGCUCCGGUGCCGCAUCUCCAGGUUCUCUACUACCUGCCGGAUGCUCCGGCGACUCGGCGCCAAAGUAGCCCGAGUUCUCCGGUUCGUGUCCCUCCGGAGAAAGUCAAGGAAGUCGCCGCCGCCGCCGCCGCCGCCGAGUUACCUGCCGAGGUCGAGGUCGCUCGCUGAUGCGGUUGACUCGCAGCGGAUCGAGGCAAUUGAGGAUUGUAUAGAGUUCUUGAACUCCUCGUCGUCGUGUAAUUCUCUGUCCCGGUCGAGCUCUGUUUCAACUAGAACAGAGUCGUCGCGUAUGGUUCAUUUGUAA